CAAAAUGUCAUGAAACCUGUUGAUCCCGAGUUAUGUCAGUUGUUAAAGUUAUUGAGUGAAGGUCUGAGUAUUGCUGACAGACAGGAUGGAUUUUCCAAGUAUUUACGUGAUCAAGAAAAAAUGCAUCUACCAGCCUCAUCUACAUCACACAG